UAGAAGGGUGUAACGAGAGAAGCGUUGUUUGUAAGAGCAUUAAAUUCGAGAGUGAAAGCUAUCGGUUUCCCACAUUUGCAAAGAAAAGAAAAAUAUAAAAGGUAAACGCUCUCCUUCUCAAAGAGGCCGCUAGGGUUUUCGUUUUCUUCUUUUCUGCAUCGCUUCAGGUUCUUUCUUUAAAGAUGUCUCGUGUGUAUGUUGGUAACUUGGAUUCACGAGUGACAGAGAGGGAUCUUGAAGACGAAUUCCGUGUUUUCGGAGUUAUUCGGAGUGUUUGGGUUGCACGAAGGCCACCUGGUUAUGCUUUUAUUGACUUUGAUGAUAGGAGAGAUGCUCAGGAUGCUAUACGUGAAUUAGAUGGCAAGAAUGGUUGGAGGGUUGAGCUUUCUCACAAUUCUAGGGGUGGAGGUGGUGGCCGCGGUGGCCGUUCUGGUGGUUCUGAUUUGAAAUGUUACGAGUGUGGUGAACCUGGUCAUUUUGCCCGUGAAUGUCGCUUACGUGGUGGAUCAGGAAGACGCCGUAGCCGCAGCCCACCCCGAUUUCGCAGGAGCCCUAGCUAUGGGCGAAGGAGUUACAGUCCUCGUGGGCGAUCUCCUAGACGCCGCAGCUUAUCACCUCGUGGACGUAGCUACAGCAGGUCACCUCCUUAUCGUGGACGUGAGGAGGUUCCAUAUGCUAAUGGAAAUGGCCUUAGGGAACGUCGCAGAAGCAGAAGUUGAUUUUGAAAGUUGGUGUCUGUGAUUGUUAAGAGAAUAGUGAGAUUUUGUUAAGCUAGUGUUUGUUUAGACUUAAGUGCUAGUCUAUUUUGUUGGGCAAGCCCCUGAGUACUCUUGGAUUGGAUUAGUUACUUUGUGUCUCAGAUUGUGUUGAAUUUGUAUUUGCAGAAUAUUUGUAGUGAUAUUGCAGGUAAUGAUCUUUUUAAAGUUGUUCCUAGUUAAGGAGAGUUCCAAAUCUUUCUA